AUGGCCCUUAUGUUCCCACUACAUUUUUUUGCUCGUACUCCUACUGCUGGCGAUACUGUCAAAGUACCUGUCAGGAGAGUUCCCAAGCUUCGUCGAGAUUGGGACGAUGAGGACAAGCACAGAGUGGAGGUGGAUCAAAAAGCCAAAAGGCUUUUGAUUAUGUCACUUCCGAAUGAGAUAAUUCAAUCCCUAGACGUAUGUGAGUGUGCCAAAGAUCAAUGGGAUCAAUUGGCAAACCAGCUGGAAGGAGGGAUCAAGAUGAAGAAAAAUCGUCGGGCUCAAUUCUUAAAUGAGUACAAUAGUUUCCAAGCGCUUCCUGAUGAGUCUUUAGAACAAAAUUAUCAUAGAUUCAACAUGCUGAUCAACGAGUGUCGCAAAUAUGAUGUGAUCAGAACCCAAGAGGAGAACAAUAUGCUCUUUUAG